CACCGAUCGACGUCUCAUUCCGUAGACUUCAUCGUGAGUUUAUGGGUACAAAUCCGUGAUUUAGGAAGGUGCUGACCCGGAAGCACACCGGAAGCGGUGCCAUGCCGUCCCUUUAGAGGAUCGUGUCGCAGCCGAGAGACGCCAGGUGAGAGGAUGAAGCUGCAACUGUUGCUGCCUCUCACCAUCGCGGUGACCGUCAUGUUGGUGGUGAUCAUCAAAACCCGCAAAAGGGAGCACGACCAAGUGGACAAACAGAACAGGAUCGAGCGCAUCAAGCUGCGGCUGACGCACGACCUGCUGGGAGGAUACCAGGAGGAGAAAAUGUCCCUUGAGAACCAAAUCGAGCAAAGCAACAAGGACGUGAACGCGUUGAAGACUGGAUCUUCCUCAGCAGAUCAGAAAGUACUGAAGACCAAGGCGGACCUAAAAAAAUGCCAAGGAGCCCUGAAAACACUAGAGGAUGAGUUGCUGGCACUGCAGACACUAUUCACCAAUCUGGAAGGUGAGAACGGUAAGGAGAAGGACUCGUGGAUCGCUGAACUGGAAUCCCUCAACAAACAGCUUCAAGGUCCGAGUGCCAUAUGUGCCUUUUUGAAGAAAGGAGCAGAUUCUGCAAGCAAGCUGUGCAGCAGUGAAGGACCUGAAGGGGCCCUGAAACCGGAGGAACCGAAACCAGAACCUCCCCAACCAGAGGAGCCCAAGUCAGAACCCCCUAAAACAGUGGAAACAAAACCAGAAGAGAUAAAACCAGAGGACCCGAAACCAGAGGAAACCAAACUGUAAACCAGAGUAGCUCAAGAUGGAGGCUUCUAAACAGGAAGAACCGUAUCGGCCUUAUGAAGAAAUAAUGUAAUAAAUCAUAUAUAAUAAUCAUGUAAUAUCACAUCGGACAUUUCCUGAAGUUGCCACAUUUCUUAGCUACCUCUGGAGUGUUAAGUUGCUGUGUGAUGAAUAUAAAUGACUGUUACGGCAUUGAGUAAUUAACGACCUCCUGACAUUUCCAUUGGGUUGAAAAGAUCGAAGUGAGUUUUUUUUUUAAAUAAAAAUUUUCACGUACUUGUACACGCCACAAUAUGCCAUUUUAUGACGUAAACAUACAAAUCCGUUUUUCUCUACAUUUAGUGGGUGCAGCUUAAACACCGGCGUGCCUUAUACAGCGGAAAUGACGGUUACAAAUAAAACCUCUUAUUUCCCUGACUUUAGAGAUCCUGUCUGACUGGUAGGAUAUGUUUCCACUUCCACAUUGUUUUGCCUCUAUGUGGGUUGCACAUUAAACCACUACACAAACUA